AUCAAAACAGCUGUUGCUGAUUAAAGGUGUUCUAAUAUUUUGUGCUCAUUGGAAGUGAAUUGUAGCAGCAAUCUUUUCUUAUCUCCCUUCCUUCUGUUAUUAGUUUUUCUUUUGCACCCAGUUAAUAUGUCCGUAAGUUUACGUUUCGUCACAAAAUCCCUCUCCAACUUGUUGCCACGUUGUGUUGCGGCAAGCGUACCACAACAGGCCAGAGGUGCGGCUCACUAUCCCAUCAAUGAUAAAUUUUACGGCUUAAAUGAGGAACAACAGAAGUUGCGUGAGAUCGCUUUCAAUUUCUUUCAAAAGGAAUUAGCACCGUAUGCCAAGGAAAUCGACAAGAAUGACAACUUCAAAGAUCUACGCGCAUUUUGGCAGAAGAUGGGCGAACUGGGCUUUCUAGGCAUCACAGCUGAACCGGAUUUCGGUGGCACUGGUGGUACUUACCUUGAUCACUGCAUUAUCAUGGAGGAGAUUUCUAGAGCUGCUGGUGGCGUUGCGCUCUCCUACGGUGCGCACUCAAAUCUUUGCGUGAAUCAGCUCACGAAAAACGGCACCAACGAACAAAAAGAGAAAUACCUACCAAAACUGUGUAGUGGCGAGCAUAUCGGCGGUUUGGCCAUGUCCGAACCAGGUUCCGGUUCUGAUGUCGUCUCGAUGAAGUUGCGCGCCGAGAAAAAGGGUGACUACUAUGUGCUCAACGGCAGCAAAUUUUGGAUUACCAAUGGCUCAGAUGCCGACACAUUGAUUGUGUACGCCAAAACCGGUACCGGUUGCGAGGACAAGCAUGCGAUAACGGCGUUUAUCAUAGAGACAGCGUGGGAGGGUUUUAGUGUGGCGCAGAAACUGGAUAAAUUGGGUAUGCGUGGCAGCAGCACAUGCGAAUUGGUGUUCCAGGAUCUCAAAGUGCCGGCUAAGAAUAUUUUGGGCAAAGAAAAUAAGGGUGUCUAUGUGCUGAUGUCCGGUUUGGAUUAUGAACGUCUUGUGUUGGCUGCCGGUCCCGUGGGUCUGAUGCAAGCCGCCAUCGAUGUCUCCUUCGACUAUGCGCAUCAGCGCAAGCAAAAGGGCCAGCUAAUUGGUGAAUUCCAGCUGAUGCAGGGCAAAAUGGCUGAUAUGUAUACCACUUUGAGCGCCUGCCGUUCGUAUUUGUAUGCUGUGGCGCGUGCCGCCGAUUGUGGUGAGCGCAGUUCAAAGGAUUGCGCUGGUGUCAUUUUGUAUUGUGCCGAGAAAGCCACCCAAGUGGCGCUGGAAGCCAUACAAAUACUUGGUGGUAAUGGUUAUAUCAAUGAGUAUCCGACCGGUCGCAUAAUGCGCGAUGCAAAAUUGUAUGAGAUCGGUGCUGGAACUUCGGAGAUUCGUCGUUGGUUGAUCGGCCGCCAGUUGAAUCAGGAAUACAAGUAAACGUUACGCUGAGAUUGCGGUUGUGAUUUGUGCCUUGCAGAAAACCCAUCUAUGAUAUAUACUAUUAACAAACAGACUACUUGUUGCAUUUAUUUUUGUACCUGUGUACAGUUAUAUGUAUGUGUAUAUAAUAUACUCGGAAAUAAGCUUAUGUUUUUAUACAUAAAUAUGCAUACAUAU